AUGAGCCUGACGACUAUAAUUUCGGAAGUGUUCCCCGAUCAAAUAUUGCUCCUUUGCACAUACCACGGUGCCACUCACAUCUUUGCUCUGUUGCACUCCUCACAUCCCUGGAUCUUGGUGGCCUGGCUCCUCCUGUUGGCGGCAUCCUUACCACCGCCGGAAUCUGAUGUCGUCGACACCCUUGGCGAGGACCUCAAGAAGCGUCAGGCUCCCGGUCUCCUCGAGGAUCUCUCUCCUGAGGUUGCUGCUCUCCUUACCUCUCUCGGUCUUGGUGGUCUUGCUCCCCCCGUCGGUGCCAUUGUUGCCACCGCUGGCCAGGACGUGUGA